AGGGGUUGGUCCGCGAGGUUCAACUUCAUUUGCAAACGGCGCCUCAUCCAAAAUGGCCGCACCAUCAUCCUCCGCCUCCUCUCACGGGCGAGUGGGCGUGGCCAGCAAUCUCCUUCACUCAUUGGAGCAACGGAGAGAUCACGUGGCCGAGAUAAACCCCGCCCUCACGUGUCAAUUCACCGCGCAGGAGCUCCGUGAUCUGAGGAUGGUGUUUGACACCUUUGAUAAAGACAGGAAGGGUUACAUCGAUGCUUUCGAUCUCCGGAGGGCGUUGAGAGUUCUUGGGUUUAAGCUUUCUCAUGAGCAAAUAGAUGAGGCGAUAGCGGACAUUGGCCGACGAAUAGGUGAGGUGAGUUUCUCAGACUUCGUUGAGCUGGUCGCUCACCGGCAGGGCGACUCAAGGGAUAUCUACGGUGAGAUACACCAGGGCUUCGACAUGAUGGACUACGGAAAGAAAGGGUGCUUGACAACCGAUGACCUCAAGUUGGUUGCUAAGGAAGUCGGAGUCAAAGUCAGCGACAGUAUGAUCAAAGAGAUGAUCGAAGAAGCCAGCAACAGUGGUGACAACACUCUCAGCAGAGACGAGUUUGUUGCCGUCAUGUUGCAGACAAACAUGUACAAAGAAUGAGUACAACUUUCUACAAAGUAUGUGGAGAGAGACGAGUUUGUUGCCGUCAUGUUGCAGACAUCCAGGGGACAAACACUGGCAACUUUUAUUCCUGA